AUGUCUAAGCAGGAAUUUGCUGGAUCACGGUUUUUUAGAGGUGGAUCAGAUACUGAAUCGGAAGAUGAAAUUAUUUCUUCAGGUGAAGAAUUAACUGACGAAGAAGAAGAAGAAAUUAGUGAAGAAUCUUCGUCCGAAGAUGAAGAGAAAAAAAAGCAAUCAAAAUUUCUUAGAGAUCAUGCUUCUAAUGAAGAAGAUUCUUCAGCGGAUGAGAAGAGGCAAGUUAGAUCUGCAAAAGAUAAAAGGCUAGAAGCAAUUGAAAGUUGUAUAAAAGUUAUAGAGAAUGCACAAAAAAUUAAUGACUGGGUAGUGAUUCAAAAUGAAUUUGAUAAAUUAAACAAAAUAAUAAGCAAAGGGCCACAAGCAAUACCGCGUUUAUAUAUCAAAACGAUCGCAUUACUUGAAGACUUUUUAAAUGAAGCUUUAAAGAAAGAAAAAGAUUCAAAGAAAAAAAUGAAUGCAACACAAGCAAGAGCCUUAAAUUCUAUGAAACAAAAAAUCAAAAAGAAUAAUCGAUUAUAUGAAGAAGAUAUUGAAAAAUGGCGACAGACUGAUGAAGAUAUUGAAGAUGAAGUUGUAUCCAAAUCUAAAGGAAUUAAACCAUCUUUUGAUGAAGAUUCACAAUCAGACGUGUCACCCACUUUAGAUGAUGAAUUUAUUACUGUAGGAGGGGGAAAGGGUAUUAAACCUAUAGAAGAAUAUACGUCUGAAAAUUUGUUUAAAAAAUUGAGAGAAAUAAUGGAAGCGAGGGGAAAAAAG